AUGCACUCCAAGGUCGUCAUUAUCGGCUCAGGCCCCGCCGGCCACACCGCCGCCAUCUAUGCCGCUCGUGCGGACUUGCAGCCUGUCUUGUACGAGGGUUUCCUCGCUCUGGGAAUCGCAGCUGGUGGUCAGUUGACUACCACUGAUGAGGUUGAGAACUUCCCUGGUUUCAUGAACAUCCAGGGUGCCACCUUGAUGGAUAACAUGCGCGCACAAUCCGAGGCUUGCGGUACUCAGAUCGUUACCCAGACUGUUGGAAAGGUCGACUUCUCCCAAAGACCCUUUAAAUUCUGGCUUCACCCCCUCGGCGACGACGAGAACCUUGAGGAAGAGACACACACAGCUGACAGCAUCAUCAUUGCAACUGGUGCUAAGGCAAGAAGAUUGGAUCUGCCCGGAGAGGAGCAAUACUGGGGUAACGGUGUCAGUGCAUGCGCUGUUUGCGACGGUUCGCUCCCUAUCUUCAGACAAAAGCCUUUGGUCGUCAUUGGUGGUGGUGACUCGGCAGUGGAGGAGGCCAUCUACCUUACCAAGAAGGCUUCCAAGGUCACCGUGCUCGUUCGCAAGGACCAGCUCCGUGCUAGCAAGGCCAACGCUCGUAGACUGAGCACCAACCCCAAGGUCGAGAUCAAGUACAACACUGUUGCCACCAAGAUCACUGGUGAGGACAAGCCCCGCGGUCUCAUGACUGGUCUUACCAUCAAGGACGUCAAGACUGGAAAGGAAGAGAACAUUGAGGCCAACGGUCUUUUCUACGCUGUCGGCCACGAGCCGGCUACUUCCCUCUUCAAGGGCCAAUUGAACAUGGACGAGGACGGUUACCUGAUCACCGAGCCCGGAACCACCCACACCAACGUCGAGGGUGUCUUUGCUGCAGGAGAUGUUCAGGACAAGAAGUACCGUCAAGCCAUUACCAGUGCAGGCUCUGGCUGUAUCGCUGCUCUCGAGGCCGAGAAGUUCCUUGCCGAGAACGAGGCUGAUGUCGAGAAGUCGGUCGAGGACCAGGAGGUCAAGAAGGGCCAGACUGACAGCGAUGUCCCUGAAUACAAGCAAAAUCCUCUGCUCUAA